UAGAAUACGUUAACAAAAUCGAACCUAUUUAAUUGGUUUGGAUGGGAUCUUGUUCUUCUACCCUUAAUCAUAUCACUCACACCGGAUUUUUGGAUUUGAAAAACAAAAUCUUUUUUCCUACCAUAUAUCACCACCAUUGUUCAAAUUUUACUAAACCGCGUGAAAAAGUUGCAUGGUGAGUGAGUGACCACGUUCACGUUCAUCCACCUUCACAUGCACACAGUUUCUAUACCUUUUCUCUCAAAACAGUUACCUCUUUUUUGUAUUAAUAAUACAUUUUCAUUUUCCCUCUCUUCUAUUCUCUCUCAAUGUCUCUUUCUUUUUCUGUUUUUGCUUCAUUCUUCUCUCUUCUUUUUCUUCUUUCUCUUCAUUGCCAAAUAGUUUCUUCUUUUCAUUAUCAUCAUCAUCAUCAUCAUCAUCAUCAUGAACAAGUUUAUCAUCAAAAACCCAGUUUGAAAGCAAACAAUAAUCAAAGUAGUUGUGCAUUGUUUGUAGGAAGUUGGGUUUUUGAUGAAAGUUACCCUUUUUAUCAAUCUUCUAGCUGUGAAAUUAUAGACCCAGAAUUUAAUUGUCAAAUGAAUGGUCGUCCUGAUUCUGAUUACCUUAAAUACCGUUGGAAACCACUCAAUUGUGAGCUCCCAAGGUUCAAUGGAGUUGAGUUUUUGUUGAAGAUGAAAGGAAAAAGUGUGAUGUUUGUUGGUGAUUCGUUAGGAAGGAACCAAUGGCAGUCUUUGAUUUGUAUGAUAUCUGCUGCAGCACCUAAUGUGGAGACACAAUUGGUUAGGGGAGAUCCUCUCUCCACUUUCACAUUCUUGGACUAUGAUGUGAACAUUUCAUUUCAUAGAGUUCCUUAUUUAGUAGAUAUUGAUGUGGUCCAAGGGAAAAGAAUUUUAAGGCUUGAUGAGGCAGAUAAGAAUGGUGACACAUGGAAGAAUGUUGAUGUGUUGGUGUUCAACACAGGACAUUGGUGGAGUCAUCAAGGAUCACUUCAAGGGUGGGAUUAUGUAGAAUUAGGAGGGAAUUUUUACCCUGAUAUGGAUCGAUUGGUAGCUUUGGAAAGGGGUAUGAAAACAUGGGCUAAUUGGGUGGAUGCUAAUAUUGACAGAAGUAGAACCCAUGUGUUAUUUCAGGCAAUUUCUCCCACACAUUAUGACGAAAAUGAAUGGAAUUCAGCUGUUGGUAGAGCAACAAGUGUAACGACGACAAAGAAUUGCUAUGGUGAAACAGCACCAAUCAGUGGCACAACAACAGACUUUGGAGGAGGAGAAACAUACACUGAUCAACAAAUGAGAGUAGUUAACAUGGUGAUUCGAGAAAUGCGCGAUCCUGCAUAUCUUCUUGACAUCACAAUGUUAUCAGAAAUGAGGAAAGAUGGACACCCUUCAAUUUACAGUGGUGAAUUGAGUUCCCAGCAGAAAACUGACCCUGAUCACUCAGCUGAUUGUAGCCAUUGGUGUCUUCCUGGUUUGCCUGAUACUUGGAAUCAACUGCUCUAUGUUGCUUUAUUCUAUUAAGUUCAUUAGUACUUAAUUAGGUAUUUUACAAGGCUUUAAUUAACACUGUAUGAUUACUCUUAAUAGCUGUGAAGUUAUAUAUAUACAUUUUAUAGAA